ACCGGCCCGACCGGGCAUAGACAGGUCCUAGCCAUGCUUGCUAGGCUCCUGAGGGAGAGAGAGAGAGAGGAGCAGGAGGCUCGAGAGAGGGCUAGCAACCUGUCGCCUGGAAGCGCCGCCCUGGUCGCAAAUCUCGGCGGCUACCCGCAGCGCGUCGCGCACGAGCAAAACCACCGCCGCGCAGUGCAGGCUGUGCAAGAGCGGCUUGUGCAGCUUGAGGCACAGCUUGCGGCGGUUGAGGACGAGAAGCGCCAGCUCGCAGCCGAUUCCGCGCACAAGAUCAGCGCGCUCGCUGACGCGGCACGGCAGCUCCUCUUCGAUCACGAUGUCAUGGUCAAGUCCACAGUCGACGGAAGCCAGUGCCCGGCGCGCAAAGCGACGCUCAGCGCAGCCUCCGCCUACUUCCAGACGAGGCUCGAGGCGACCGGGGCGGAGCUUGGCGACGACGAGGGCGUGGUCUCGCUCGACGCGACGCGCGAGGCCGUGCGCGCGCUCAUGCUCGAGCUGCACCUCCCAGGCUGCACCGAUUGCGCCAGCUUCGGCCAGAGCCUUGCGUUCGAGGUGCUCGAGCUCGUGGCGAUGCUCGGUGGGCCCGCGGAUAGCUCAGACCUCGACAGCUCGAUGCGCAAGGUCGCCACUCUCUGCACCAACGCCUUCGUCGUGGGCCGCAGCGCCGAACGCAUCGCCGAUCCGGUCGAGUGCGCCGCCUUUUGUGCUGCGCUCACGAGCUCGAUAGACCAUGUCGACACUCUAUCGUCGGAUGACCGCCACGAUUGGCUCGUCGAGGCCUUCCGCGAGGUGGGUGCGAGCUGCGCGCGGUCGAUUCGCCUCGCGGAGUGGGACGUGCUCAAAGACCCGACGGUGCUCAGCGCCUUCUCGCCUGCAGCUCUGCUCAAAGUGUUGGACGCGCAGAGGGAGGGAGAGAGAGACGGCGGGUUCGUGCGCGUCAGGACGCAUCGACUCAUCUCGGUCUGGUUGUCUGCCCGCUGGGCGAAGGUGCCGCUCGAUCCGGCCCACGCGCCACCGCUGCUUGCGUCGGAGCCGGCGCCCUCUCUGGAGGAAUGCGUCUUCCUCCUCCGCUGCCUCGCCAACGGGGCGCCCGCGCUCGACUCGCUCGACGCCCUCCUGACCGGCGAGGACAUCGAAGACAUAAUCCGCAAACACGACGAGCUCUCCCUCCAGCCAGCCAGCAACGUCGAGUUCGCCCGCCUCUGGGAAAAGCUCGUCGACGGCAUGGCAUACUUCUUCGGGUUCGAACGCUCCACGGCCCGUUGGGUCGACGCGGCGACCUUCUCGCGCAUGCUCUCGCGCAAAAAGCUGAAGGUCGACUCGGAGGAGACGGUGCUCCGCGCCUUUCUCGACUGGGCCGAGGUGCCCGGCCGCGAGGCCACGGUUAUCGAUCAGGUGGCGCCGCUCGUCCGCUUCCCUCUGGUGCGCGUCUGCCUUCCGGACGGCGCGAUCAAGGACGCCCUCUCGCGCGUCUACCGGCGCAGCCCAGUCGUCAAGGCGCUCGUGCAGGAGGCGCUGGCCCUGCAGCAGGAGGUGAGCCGCGCGGGCGAGGCGGCGGCGUGCGCGACCUUCAGGCGCAAGAGGCUUAUCUCUGCAAUCGCUGCCGGUAGCGCUGACGUCUCGGCAGAUGUCGACCGGUCAAAGAAGCGCAAGCUCUGCGUCAACGACGCGGUGCCCGGCGUCAGCGCGGCCGACGCGGCCGACGCCCUCAUGGCGUGAGCCCUGGCACAUGUGACGCCCUCAUAGCCGAAACCUCUAGCCGCGCGGCGCGCGCGAAAAACAUUAGGUGGAACUGUACAAUGCAUUGGGUGUCAUGGCCGCGCGGCGUGCGAGAGCCACUCGAGCCUGCAUGUUGUCGGAGCAUGUUCGGGGCGGGAGUGGUCAGGCGGUUGGGCACAGGAUAGUGCGGUUGAGCUUUUCGCGCUUGCAGAAAGAAACAAAAAACCUUGC